GUCCCUCGUAUCUCGCAUAUCGUUCUCGUUUGGCUUGCCAUCGUUUUGGUCCUUACCUUUGGUCAUUACCUUCAUCUCGCCUAUCGUUUUUUAUCAUUCGUUUAUCGUAUUUCAUCUUGAAUUUCACCCAUAGUCCGCUGGGAAAUCAAUAAUCAAAUUCAUCUUUUCAUCUUCCCACCUUUCGUUGCCUUUGAACAUCUCACCCAAGUUCACUGACAUGUUACCUAACAGCUUCGUUACACUGGCUGAAUUGCGACCUCGCCGUGAAGGUUUACGUAGCGCGGCCAAGACUUCGACUCCGGAUCCUUCCCCUGAUCCCCCUGCAAAUUCAGAACAUCCUCGUUCUCCUUGCAUUUCAACAAAUAAUUCUUCCAAUCCUCCCAUCAUCAUUCCGCGUACUGUGUCCCCAUCUUCAUCUGAGGAAGACAUCAUGACCUCUCGUUUAAAUGAAUCCGGAAAUAUCGAGUUGUCCAACAGAAAAUAUGGACCCCGCGUAAAGCCUACCACUGUACUGUCUCCUGAGGAUCUCGAUGAUCUUUAUGAAGAUGCUCGCCGUUUCGCUAAAGCUCGUUCCGCGGAUACAAUCGAUAAUGUCCGAGAAGUAAUUGCGGAUGCUUUCUCUGCCUGUGUUCAUCGAGAUUGGUUCCGUGCCGAAAAAUCUGUCCACCUAGCACUUGCCUUGGAGGUAAAGGACGUUAAUAACGAUUCAGGCCCACCUACCUUUCCCUUCCUCGAUGUUCUUCGACGCAAAUUUUGUGGUCAUGAUUGCGCUCAAGUCCAUGCUGCUCGACGUGAUGAUAUCCGAAUGUCUGUUGGGGGUGUGGGAUGUUUCGAUGAUUAUCUCUCUCAGGUAGAAGGCUGUAACAAUCGUCUCAAAGGGGUUGGGAACUACCUCACCCCUGCUCAACUGCUUACUAUCCUUGCGCGGGGAAUUUCUCCUACUCUCACGGCAAUUCUUUCCGAACAAGGAAUCGUUAUUGACGAAACAACUGUAUAUAAAGAAUGGAUCUCUGCUUGCCGCGAUUUGGAGGUUCGGUUCAAAAGUAGACUGUUGGCUGCAGAUCGUACUGGCCGUCGUGGCAACUUCCCUUUCCCGGGCGGCUCUAACAACGCUCCUCCUCAUAAACGCACUGCAACCAGCGAGCCUAUGGGUCAUCCAAACAAACGACCUACUUCUGACGGUCCUGCAUCUACUGCAUCGGGCCCUUUCUAUAUGCGUGCAUUCAGUAAAAUGCCUGAAGCCAUGCAAAAGGAACAACGUGAAUUGUUAUCGCGUAUCAAUGCCUGUGUUAAGUGUCGUACCGCUUGGGGAACCUGUUAGAAUGGGAGCUGGCCAAUGCUCCAUUGGCCACCCUAAAACUACCUCAAAUCUGUUUCGCCAGAAUCCUUCAAUCCGCUCCUCCGAUUCA